AUGUUGGAAUAUAUGGAUUAUGUGCUACGGCAGUUUGAAGAAUGCACGUCAUGGAAUAAAGAUAACAGUUAUGAGAACAUAGUAGGAACUAGUCGGAAUAUUCUACAGUUUGACAUUCCGACUGCCUUGAAGGUUCAAGUAAGUAACAGGGCCACACCUUAUUCUUACAAUACGUUAGAGCUAACUAACAAUAAGACAAUCAAUGGCUCUUUAACAUAUUUAUACACCAAUUGUGAGAACUUAGAUCAGUUUAUCGAGGGAUCUUCAUCAGUGCAUUUGCAGCAAAUGACUCAAAGUUUCCGGUACAUUGAGCCCUACUACCAUCAUUAUAAAAAUAAUUCCAAGUUAGAAGUACCGAAAGUGCCGGAAUUACCGAUUUCUUUAGCGUAUGGGCGAAUGUUUUAUCCUUCUAGCUCGUUGGAGGCAAUGUACAUCAGGCGGUUUCCAAAUUACUACCAGUUCAUUUUGAAAUGUUCAAGUUCCAAGAGCGGAUCGAGCAUCUUGACUAUGUAUUUGCAGAAAAACACUGGGAUAAAUUGUCAAGAACUCAUAUUUUCUACCAAUGAAGCUUUGCUAGGUUACAGGUUUGUGCAUAAUUUUGUUUCAGCUGGUUCUAAAUCAAACCUUUCACUAUACAACAAUUCAAGCCUUUCCAUUGGAUCCGAAAUAUGGUGUGCAUUAUUGAACCUGAGCCCUGGAUGCUCAACUACUUUAAGAUAUUGUUCUCAUGCUACUAACACCGGGAAACCAUUGAUUUUCACCUUGUCUCUGAAUCCAUUAUACGGUCAUGUUUCUUCUACCUAUUCAAUCAAGACUCAUGAAAACCUUACAUUUUGUACCAAAUAUGAUUUCAACAUCUAUUCUAUACAGUCAAAUUUAACACUAGGAAUGGAACUGUGGAAAAAUUCAUCAUCAAUUCCUGUAGAAAGACCAUCAGAACCUGUUGAAACAAUUGAGGAUUGGCCCCAAUUAUCGCAUGACAAGACUCCAAUGUAUUACCAUCUAUUGACGCGAACGGAAAAUUCCGGUGCUUCUUCCCAGAGACUGUUGAAAGAUUUGAAUCUAACUUUCCAGUCUUCACUGCAAAAGAUAAACAAAGAACGUAACGUCAUCGAGAAUUUCAAUGAGAGAUAUAGCGAAGCAAACUUCACACAGGUAUUCAAAGUCAGCACAUCUUUACGUGACAUGAAUUUGCGCUUAUUGUGGGAAGGAAAAAUCAGGGGAUUUUUAAUAUCUGCUGGGGCAGAACUCACACAACCUCCUGAAAUCUCCACUAACGGCCUUGAUUCAUUGGAACAUCAAAACUGGUCAUUGAUUAGCCCAUCUAAGUUCGGCAUACAGUUACAGUAUUCAGCGUAA